UGCUGAAUCAGUUAAGCGCGGGCAGGCUUGCUUCUGCUCCGCGCAAGCCUUUCUCCCUCUCUCCUUCCCCGCCCCAGCCAGCUGAAGAGGGCGUCCUGCUACGAGGCAGAAGGAGGGAGGGUCGCACUCUCUCAUGCCUCCAAGUGGUUGGCAGCCCUGCGGCCUCACUUCGCUUUCUUUUCGCCGCCGCGUUGUAUUAUAGAUGAGGAGGAGCUGAAAAAUGCAGAUCUGGCAUCACACGCACACACGAACACGCACCCACCGGAAUAAUUCCACGAGCAGCCAGCCCAUCGGAUUCCCCUCUUCUCGAGGCUGAGAGAUACUAAAGCAGAGCACCGCUUAAUUGGUUGUCUGCAGCUUGCCCACAGACCGGUCCCUUUAGACUGUCCACAUCCUCCUUUGCUUAGCUUUAUUCCCGUUAUUGAGCCCACGAAUAUUGCCUUGCACUCCUUGUCCGAAAAAAAGCCAUGAAGACAGGCACUGUUCCAUGGUGCAAGACAGCUGGCCUCUUUUUACUGGGGUUCCUUCGCUUUGCCUCUGCAUCUCAAAAGACCAUCUAUACCAAUCAUUUUUUCGUUGAGUUUCACAAAGCGGGAGAAGCAGAAGCCAAGCAACUUGCUGCAGAAUACGGCUUUAAUGGGGUCAGGAAGCUUCCCUUUAUAGAGGAUGGCUACCACUUUUUCCAUAAUGGUUUAGCCAAAAGUCGAAGGCGGAGAAGUCUUUUGCACCAGCUUCAUUUACAGAACGAUCCCAAGGUAAAGAAAGUUGUGCAGCAGGAAGGUUUUGGGAGGAAGAAGAGAGGAUACAGAAAUAUCAAUGAAAUUGACAUCAACAUGGAUGAUCCUUUAUUUACAAAACAGUGGUACUUGAUCAACACUGGGCAAGCAGAUGGGACUCCUGGCCUUGAUUUAAAUGUGGCUGAAGCCUGGGAGCUGGGCUACACAGGAAAAGGAGUAACGAUAGGAAUUAUGGAUGAUGGAAUUGAUUAUCUUCAUCCAGAUUUGGCUGCCAAUUAUAAUGCUCAAGCCAGCUAUGAUUUUAGCAGUAAUGAUCCAUAUCCAUAUCCUCGCUACACAGAUGAUUGGUUUAACAGUCAUGGAACCCGAUGUGCUGGAGAAGUGUCUGCUGCAGCAAACAACAAUAUCUGUGGAGUUGGAGUGGCUUAUAAUUCAAAGGUAGCAGGUAUCCGAAUGUUGGAUCAGCCAUUUAUGACUGAUAUUAUAGAGGCUUCUUCUAUCAGCCACAUGCCUCAAGUAAUUGAUAUUUAUAGUGCUAGUUGGGGUCCCACUGAUAAUGGAAAAACUGUGGAUGGGCCAAGAGAACUGACCUUACAAGCCAUGGCAGAUGGAGUGAAUAAGGUAGUGCUUUACUUUAUAUUUCCCCACCCAUUAUGUUGCUGUAAUAUCACACUUCAAUGAAAAUUACUUAUAUUAUAGAAGAGAACGAAUUCCCUAUUAAACAUUACCUUAUCAGAAGACCUUUCUUUUGAAGGACAGAUGAAAGUAUAAUAAAUUAUCAGUAGGAA